AUGACCCACGUCGAGAUCCCGCCGGGGCUUACGGAGCUCCUGCAGGGCUACACGGUAGAGGUGCUGAGGAACCACCCUGAAGACCUGGUGGACUUCGCCGUGGACUAUUUCACCCGCCUCCGCGAGAACCGCAGACUCGGCGAAGACGGCGAUAAGGACGAGGGGAGAGGGGACGAGGAAGACGAACAGUUUGAACCACCUGUUAUUAACAGAUACAACAGAAGAGUAUCAGUAUGUGCUGAAUCCUUCAAUCCAGAUGAAGAAGAUGAUACAGAACCAAAGGUGAUUCAUCCCAAAUCUGAUGAACAGAGAUCCAGACUGCAGGAAGCUUGCAAGGAUAUCCUUCUUUUCAAAAAUCUUGAUCAGGAGCAGCUGUCUGAGGUCCUUGAUGCCAUGUUUGAAAGGAUUGUGGUGUCUGAAGAACAUGUUAUUGACCAAGGAGAUGACGGUGAUAACUUUUAUGUCAUUGAACGAGGCAAAUAUGAUAUUUUGGUAACAAAGGAGAAUCAAAGUUUCCGUGUUGGCCAGUAUGAUAAUCGUGGCAGUUUUGGAGAACUUGCCUUGAUGUACAAUACUCCCAGAGCUGCUACCAUAAUUGCCAUAACAGAAGGUUCCUUGUGGGGACUGGACCGAAUAACAUUCAGAAGAAUCAUAUUGAAAAACAAUGCAAAGAAGAGGAAAAUGUUUGAAUCGUUUAUUGAAUCUGUGCCCCUCCUAAAAUCCCUAGAGGUUUCAGAAAGAAUGAAGAUUGUGGAUGUAAUAGGUGAGAAGAACUAUAAAGAUGGAGAACAAAUUAUUGCUCAGGGUGAUAAAGCAGAAAGUUUUUAUAUUGUGGAGUCUGGAGAAGUGAAAAUCCUGAUUAAAAGCAAGACAAAUAAGGACGCAGAGGAUGAAGUGGAAAUUGCCCGGUGUCAAAAGGGGCAGUACUUUGGAGAACUUGCUCUUGUCACCAACAAACCCAGAGCAGCUUCUGCUUAUGCAGUUGGAGAUGUCAAAUGCUUAGUUAUGGAUGUCCAGGCAUUUGAGAGGUUGCUCGGGCCCUGCAUGGACAUUAUGAAGAGGAAUAUUUCCAAUUAUGAAGAGCAGCUGGUGAAAAUGUUUGGUUCAAGCGUGGACCUGAGUGACCCAGGAAAUUAGGCACAGCAUCUCCCUUCUCCCCCGUGCCUUCUCAGUUUGAUACAGAAACUCCUCCUGUCAACAACACAACACAUAAGGAAAACAGACACUACAGAACAGUUCUUGCUGUUGCUGCUGCUGCUGUUGUCUUGGGCAUUUUAGAAAACAUGUCUCAGCACAUUGGGAUGGGUAAAGGCUGAAUCUAUGCCUCCACUUUGCUGCUGAAAUUCCAUUUAUUAGACUUAUUUUCAUGAUGUUUUUAACUCAUUUUUCACACCUUUGGUUCAGAAUGGCAUGUCUCUCCAGCAAUUUAAGUGCCUGAUACAAAGUCCAAAGUAUAAAAUCCUCUUUUUUUUUUCUUUUGCUGCUGCUACUGCUAUUGGCUUUUUUUUUUUAAACAAAGCUGCAGAAACUGGUUUUGUCCCCAUCUUCCCAGGGAGAAAAGAUUUACAACUUCUGAUCUCUUCCUUUGUCAUUACCUCUGAGAAUGUCAAAAUCUGCUCUGAAUUGUAGCUUUUAGAUUUGAAAUUAAAAUUACCUGGGUAUUUUUUAAGUAACUAUCUUUAGAGCAUUAUGGUACUGUGAUGUUUGUGCUAUCUACUGAAAGUUAUACCUGUUACAGGUGAUCCCAGAGCAUUUGGAGAGUCUUUGAAGGAGAGUACAAGGUUGAAACCUAGACAAGGGAUUAGAGUAGGUCAUUUCAGCAGUAAACCCUGUCUUAAAGGAAGAUAAGAAAAGGGGAGGAUCUGAAAAUUUGUUUUUUUCAACCUCCUAGAGUCAACAGAAAGCCAAUUUUAAAAAUUCAGUAUCUCUCUGCAGUUAGUGUGACAGAAUUAUAGUCCAUUUAGAACAAGGGGUCUAGAGAUGUCAUAGCUUUAACUUCCGAAAAAACUUCUCUGUUAAACUGCCACCACCUUUUUCUUUCCAGUUGUCCACAUCAGCAGGUGGCAAUAAUAUUGCUGAGAAGUUGACCUGUUCCUGCCUAC